UCAAGUUUAUUGUCGCCGAAUGAGGUUCUUUGCGGAAAGCAUCUCAAGCCAUCGACUCUCUCAACGGAUCUAUAAUCGGGUGGGGUUUGUUGCUGCAAUUCAUCCGUUGGCUCGGGGGUCUCGAAAAUAGUUGAGAAAAGUGGAAGCACGACAGUGGUUGAGCUGCGUGCUCUGCGUGUUUGGAGAAAAAGUACAAACUGAUGCUCACGAAAUCCACAGGUUUUUUUAAUUUCCGCACAGCCCUCUGCGCAUGCUGGUUCAGUUUAUUUUAAGACGCUUUCGGAUGCGGUUGGAAGUUUUCCGCGAGAGUUCGGUGUAGCAUCACACUGUGUGAAUAUUUCUAGAUCUUUAAAAAACAAAAUAUUUCCAUGAGUUUUCGUUUGGUUAAUCCAUAGACAGUGAAAAAAUAUAUUGUUUCAAUUUUAUGAAGACAACGAUCCGAUUGUCACAUUGUGAGGAUAUAUAAGGAAAACUAGCAACAUGUGGGCGGAAGCAUGUUACGGGAAAAUUAGCUGGACAAUUUUACUAAUGGUUCAACUAUUAAUGGGUAUAUCAAGUGUCGAUAUCCUGCCGCAAUAUGCUCGCUACUUUUCUCCAAGAAGCGGGCGGGAAAGAGAGCUUUCAGUUCUAAGAAUGAAAAAACAAAUCAAAAACACUCUCAACAUAAAACAGGAAAAUAAUACAUUGGAUAACUACUUGCUAUCCGUCUUUAAUAUGGAAAAUACUAACCCUACAUAUGUGUUUUUGCUUCCCAGUGGUGAUAAGAAAACUAUCCGUAAGUUAAUUUACCAAAAGAGUGAUUUUUUGGACGCAGAGUUUCCAAAUGUAACGUCCAUAAAUAAGUUCAAGCGAAGUUUGAAUGAUUCGUUGCAUCAAUACAGUGAGCAUUAUGAUUUCAUUGAACAUGAGGUGAGAACUUUUUCAAAAGUAGAUGACGAUGAUGAUUGUGACAAUAGUCUUAAGGAGAUAGUGGAAGAUAAUGUUCGGACUGAGCGAAAUUUUAUAAAGUUCAUGGAUGAUCUCAAUGAUGAUCUCGAGCAGGAGCUAAAAAGACAGAUCGAGAAACACAAACAUCCUGUACAUGGGAGCGCUACGUUCAAACAGACUACGCUUUUUACUCCUUACACAUAUGUUAACACUCAAACCAUCGGCUGGGGCGAUCUUGGAUUGGAAGGUUGGAGUGGUGGUUUAAAGGACAUUACCGGUCAUGUGUAUGAACAUCCCGUAGUAGAAAGGCCAAAGACCAAACCAGUUCAGCAUGAACCCACCGUUAACAUUCAAGCCAGUUUUGAUCCUGUAAAGUUCCUCAAAAAAUCAAGUGCCACUAAAACGGUAGUCACCAGUACCAGUAGCCGGCCCGCAAACAUAACUACAAGUACGACUAGUCCACAACGUCAUAAAAAUCCCGCUUUGCUUCUUACCAACGAAAUUGAGCAGAAAUUAGAGGACGUUCUCAAUCGAACCCGAACUAUUCGAGGAAAAGCUCCGCGUUGGCCGAUAACGAACAGUCGUGAUGCGCAUCGGGAUAGGGAUGUGUUUAUUGCAAGGGCAAAUAAUCCGUUUGGUCAUUCUACCAAAUGGCGAUGGAGUAAUGAAUCUGACGAAAUCGAGCGCACCGCAACCGAGUCAUUGCAGACUAGAGACGGCCGAUCGAAGCGUGGUGUGUACAAUCUUUACUCCAUGAUCAAAUGUUCCACCGGAUGCGAUCCCAUAAUUUACAAAGGCUACGGUUGUUACUGUGGCUUCCUAGGAUCCGGGAAAGCGUUGGACGGAAUCGACAGGUGUUGUAAAAUGCAUGACUAUUGCUAUUCGAAUGCCAACUGUCCUUUGUUUUUGGAGUAUUUCGUACCAUAUUUAUGGAAAUGUUACCAUGGCCGGCCGCUUUGCGCUGUCGACCAUGGAGAAUGGGGGGGUCCUCAUUCAUGUGCUGCUCGUUUAUGUCACUGCGACCUGUCACUGUCCAAAUGCCUGCGACGGUACCAUUGUCCACGAAAGCGUAACGUCUGUACAACAUCGCCUCUGAGACUGCUGCAAAACUUGGUGAUGGUCCUUUAAACCAACACGGAAUGAACCAACCAUCAUCUCGUACACGAAACCAAAAAGACAUCACACUAGUUACCCAAGUGAGCUCCGUGGACACAUAGCAGGAUAUAUCAAGUACAAAUGAUUAGAUAUAAAACGUGAUAGUGAGUAGAUUUCGAACAUUGGUUUUAUUUGAUAAACAUUCAUAGUUGAAAGUCCCACUGAGUGUUCUGGCGUUUUUGCCGUUUGAUACAUGAGAGAACAGUAGUUAUUUCGCUGUAACCUAUGUUCUGAAAACAACUUAUCACGUAUUAAUGGGAUAGCAGGCUCGCCGUGCUAAGAAAUAAAUAAAUAAAUGACAAUAAUGAUAAUAUGUGGUAUGUGGUAUGUAGUAUUCUUAACAUAGUUUGAUUCAAACGCUGUUCAUAGGUUUCUACUUCCUAAUCAUAGAAUACGAUUACUCAAGUAGUGUUUGAUAAGUUGUAUGCACACCACCGAAUCCUCUGCGCUGUCAUGACCGGCAUCUGAAUGUAUAAAAAUGAAAUCAAAUAACUGACGUGACAAAUGAUAUUAUAAUAUGGUUUACCAUUUUCUUGAAUUAUUUUCUUCAAGUUCUCGAUGCAUAGCGUUUUUAAGGCACGCUUCUUCGGUGGUCCCAUUUUGUGCGGAUAAAGAAUCGACGUAUCAACCACGAUAUUGUGGAUAAGUUUCAGUGCCCUGAAGUCACUUUCCAAACUGUGACCGAUAAGGAUUGUUUCCGAAUUAAACAUCGACAAUAGAA